UAAUGACGUGCGUUGAGCUGAGCUGUGAGUGGUGUGGGUGUAACAGUCAGCAGAAGCGCACGCUGUGUUAUUGUGAUGGCUCAGUUUGAAUAUUGGAGCCUGGUGUCUUCGCUCAUCUAAAGCACAUUUGCAUAGUUUUCACAAAUUUAGCGUUUUUUGUUCUUUUUUUUUAUUUCUUGAAGGGUGGCAAUAAACGAGGCUCGCUGCCACCAAACUGUUUUGCUGAUCGUCUGACAGUAAUUCGGGAUUAAAAUGGUCAUCAAGGUUUACGUCGCCUCCUCAACUGGCUCUCUCGCGGUAAAGAAACAUCAGCAGGCAGUAGUUGGUUUCCUGGAGGCCAACCGAAUCGACUUCCAGGAAGUAGACAUUACGAUGCUGGAGGAGCAACGGCUCUGGAUGUACCGCAACAUCCCCAGGGAUAAGCAACCAGAGAAGGGCAACCCACUGCCUCCGCAGAUUUUCAACGAUGAUCGCUACUGUGGUGACUAUGAAGACUUCUUCCUGUCUAAAGAGAACAACACUGUAUUUGCAUUCCUUGGGCUCAGUUCCCAACCCUCUGUUAAAGAUUCAGAGUCAUAGAUCAGACUGCUGGUACUUGUCCAGAAUUAGUAUCUCUUCCUGGAUCUUGCUGCCUCCUUUUCCACACUUCUCCUUACAGCAUUUUGCCAAAAGCUGUUACAUGUGGACUUACCUCGUGUGACCUCUUCUGACUUGAAAAACUCCUUAAACUCUUUUCCACCAUCACCAAGUUUCCAAGUGUCUGACUCUGAAGAAGUCAGAGACUUACUCACUGACACAGGAGAUUAGCUUGAUGAAUCAGUUUCUUUCCUUUUUGUUUAACACACUGUGGCGGCAUAUACUGUUUCUGAAUAAAGUAGCAAAUAUUCUGAGCUAUUAGAUGAUGUAGCAGCUUCUGCCCUUUGGAUAACCUAAAUGUAGUGAGUAGGGAAGGGAAAGAUCAUGUGCAGCAGUGUAAAACAGAUCAUCUGAAUAUACCGCUGCAGUGUGUCUUUGUGUUUCUGUUUCAAUCAGCAGCUGUUAAUGACAACCAGAAACAACCUAAGCCUGUGUGUACCUGUGAGAGUGAUAGUAGCCAUCUAAACAAAAGACUGCAGCUGACAACGUAGCAGAUGAGACCCAAGAAUCAUAAUGCAUAUUAAGAAUUAAUAAUAAUUCUAAAUAUUUUUAUGCUGAAUCACCUUGAUCUUGCUCUUAUAUUAAUCCACUGCCAAAGUUUCUGCAAAUAAUUUGCCUGGUAUUAUUUUACUUGGCGCUGUUUAAAAAAAAAAAAAAAAAAAAGAAAUCAAAAUGACAAGUUUCUCAGUGCUUUGUGACCUCCCUACACUGUGUGACGCUCAGCUCCAGCAGUCUUCAGUUGUUGUACAAGUGUACGUAUUCUUUUUUAAGCUGUUGAUUAAUAAACAUUUGGUGCUAGUGAGUAUUUACAGCAGGAUGAUGUGGGUUUUGUUAAUCUGCUCACCAGUGCAUUUUUUAAAAUAGUCAUUAACACUAAAGUCCAUAUUAGACGCAAUUAAGCUGUGUCACAAUCUGGAUUAAUUCUGUUUUUUAAUCAAAUUUUGCUAUUGCUAAAACACAAUUACCAAUAACUGAGCCGUGACAGUGUGUAUCAUCCUAUUACUACACAAGAUUGAUCAUUGAUCAUCUAGUUAUUGGUGAAAGUUUGAGAAUUUGUAAUGACAACCUGUGCCUCCCCUUCUUUCUAUAUUUAUAAAUGUGAAAUGUGAGCAAACUACCCUCUGUGUGUUUAAAUUUGAUAUAUGUAGCAUAUCAGGUCCAGCUCUUUGUCCUUUCCUAUUCAUCUAUAUUCUGUGUUACCGCUCCCCAACACCAACGCUGAUUAUAUUAUUUACAUUACUCCCCCCAGUCAGAUGGAUUUGGAUGGUAGCUGAUUUUAGGUUUACAGAUGAAGGAAAAACCAGACACGCCAUUUUUUCCCCUAAAUGUUGUGCCAUUGUGUGUAAAAGGAUGUCUGAGUUGCACAUAUAUCAGUCAAACGGCGUUGAUCUUAUACUUUCAUCACUCAUGACGAUCACAACAUUCCCGUUUUGCUGAUUUAAGUGAAAGAAAAUUGUGAAGCUUGUAAAUUUUUGUGAAGAAUAUGUUAAAUAACAAAGUCACUGCAUGUACUGUGUUUCAACUUUCCCUGCGACUGCUUGUAAGAAGCUUUUUAGAUUUGUACUCAUGUGACACAUUACUGUAAAGCAUAUUUUGCACAACAAUGCUGAUUAUAAUAUUGUCAGUUAAUUUGCAUCUCUGUUUUUCAUAUGCAUGUUAUUAUUCUAUUACAAUUUAAAACAAUUAAAAUAAGAGAAUUACCAUA